AUGGAACAUAAAAUUAAGUCCAUCUGUUUUAUGAAAAUUGGGUUGCUUAUCCUUUUAACUUGGAUAUAUCAUUUUUACAAUGAAGAGAGCACAUUUCAUAUAUUGUAUGGACAGAAAAAAUAUGAUAUAAAAUUAUAUUUAAGUCAUUUUAGAAUAUUAAGAGGAUGUGAUGAAAAAAAUAAUUCAAAUAUUGUAGAGCCAGAACAACAGAUACAUAAAGAUGAAGAGAAUGAUGGAAAAGCUAUGUCCAACAACAGAAGGAAAAACAAACAAACAAACGUACAAUCAAGAAGAAGUUCAUUAUAUGAAGAAUUCAAUAAAAACUAUAAAGUGCAAAAGAAGUUAAUAUAUGGAAAAAAAAAGUUAUCUCCUUUUGAAAGAAAAUUUUUCAAGCAACUAGAUUACAUAGAUUUUAUUAUAAAAAAAAAACCGUUAUUAAGAAAUAAGGCAUACCGAAAAUUAGUGUGUAAAAAGUUUGGACACAAAAUGUUUUUACUUACUUUAGUACUCUCAUUCGUAUUAUUAGCAUCAUUAGGAGGUACAAUUGGUGGUUUUUUUGGUCAAAGUGAUAAAUUAUAUGGUACUAGUGCUUCUAGUAUAACUGAUAUAACUUUAUCAUAUGAUUAUAGUAUAUCAUUUCUUGUAUUUUUGGGUACAUUAAUUGUCAUAUUGAUAAUAUUUCCUUCUUUUACUUAUAUGAAAUUUACAAAACAUAAAAGAAUUUUGAAGAAGAAAUGUUAG